AUGUCCAGACUUCGAAAUGAGCUCUCUCUGGGGGUGCAAGAUCUUGGCCAGCGUGUAGACGAUCGACUGAGGGUUCUAAAAGAACGUUUCGACGAGCGGCUGCACGCCCUCCAGGCGGCCUCCAGUGAUGAGGCCACGGUGGUCAUCCGCGAGGCUCAGGCAACUUGCGUGCGCUUGGCUGAUGACGUCUUGGGCGUGGCAGAAGGCUCACAGAAGAAGGUCGAGGAGCUGGCCGGGCAAGUAGGUGCGUCGCAGCGCCGUCUCGAAGACUUGGAGAGGCAGACAGAG